UACUUCCGGUAUUCAGAGAAUAGUUGUGCAACAUGAAUCUCUUCUGUAAAAACAUAAUGUUUCCUUCGGGUGAGCUCUAUUAAAUUAAUUGAACCAACUUUACUGACCUGAAGCUACAUGCUGACGGCGCUGGUACCAGAACUCGGUGGUGAGGAUGACAAUCCUGAACCUUUCCUUUGCUGCAUGUGGUUUUGUGGGAAUCUACCACUUGGGUGCGGUGGGGGCCUUCCUCCGCCAUGGGGACAAGCUGCUGGGCUCUCUCAGGGCCUGUGCAGGGGCUUCAGCCGGAGCGCUGGUGGCUGCUGUGGUGGUCACAGCUCCUGACAAGCUAGAGAACUGUAAAGAUUUCACCUACAGGUUUGCUGAAAGUGUGAGACAGCAGAAGUUUGGAGCCGUCACACCGGGAUAUGACUUUAUGCUCACUCUACGAGAGGGGAUAGAGGAGAUUCUCCCCACAGAUGCUCACAGUCUGGCCUCACACCGCCUCCAUGUCUCUAUAACACACUCCAAAAGUGGCAAAAACCACAUUGUGUCUCAGUUUUCUUCCAGGGAAGAGCUCAUAAAGGCCCUGCUGGCCAGCAGCUUUGUGCCCAUGUAUGCUGGACUUAAACCAGUGGAGUUCAGAGGACAGAAAUGGAUUGAUGGAGGCUUCACUGACAGCCUGCCCAUUCUGCCUGUGGGACGAACCGUCACCGUGUCCCCCUUUGCCGGCCUGCAGGAUGUGUGUCCUACCCACAGGGGGCGCUACAACACCCAGCUCAGACUGCCCAAUAUGAACGUAAUGUUUUCAGUGGAGAACAUCAAACGUCUGAACCAGGCUCUCUUCCCUCCGUCCAGCAGCACCAUGCAGUCUUUAUGUGAGGAAGGUUUCUCCGACGCCGUGAGGUUCCUGAAGAGAGAAGCCUUGAUGAGCUGACAUGAAGCUAGUUAUCAUUUACAGAAAUGUGUGACUCAAUUUAAUUUGUUUUCUGAGUGAUUAAAGUUUUUUUUGUUUGU